CUCUAUAUAUUAAGCAAUCUGGUCCCCAACACAAACACGCACGUAAGAAACAAUAUGGCUGUCUCUCACUUUCCUUCUUCUUUAUUCAUGGUCCCCUCCGCGAGAACUUCAUUGCUGCUUGGUUUAUGGGUUAUGUUGCUGUUUCCUGAGCUUGCAGCAAGCGUGACGAGGCACUAUACCUUCAAUAUCGAGUAUCUGAACGUGACAAGGUUGUGCCACACAAGGAGCCUUUUGAGUGUGAACGGGAAAUUCCCAGGACCUCCUUUAGUGGCAAGGGAAGGUGAUAGGGUUGUGAUUAAGGUGGUUAACCAUGUUUCUAACAAUGUAUCUAUUCAUUGGCAUGGUGUACGUCAACUGAUGAGUGGGUGGUUCGACGGGCCAUCAUACGUGACGCAGUGUCCAAUUCAAACGAACCAGUCGUUCACAUACAACUUCACCAUCACAGGACAGAGAGGAACGUUACUGUGGCAUGCUCACAUUUCAUGGCUCAGAGCAACCCUUUACGGACCCAUCAUCAUCCUCCCAAAGCACAAUGACUCUUACCCUUUCCCGAAACCUCACAAGGAAGUCACUAUUCUCUUAGGAGAAUGGUUUAACGCAGACCCAGAAGCUGUUAUAAGUCAGGCCUUGCAAACCGGAGGAGGACCCAAUGUUUCAGAUGCUUACACCAUCAAUGGCCUUCCAGGACCCUUGUAUAAUUGCUCUUCUAAAGAUACAUACAGGCUAAAGGUCAAGCCAGGGAAGACAUAUCUGCUACGGUUGAUCAACGCUGCACUCAACGACGAGCUCUUCUUCAGCAUUGCCAAUCACUCACUCACCGUCGUUGAAGCCGACGCCUCCUACGUCAAACCCUUUGACGCCACCAUUAUCUUCAUAUCCCCCGGCCAAACCAUGAACGUUCUUCUCAGAACCAAACCUUUCUUCCCCAACGCCACCUUCCUCAUGACGGCGCGUCCCUACUUCACCGGCAGCGGAAGCUUCGACAACUCCACCGUCGCCGGCAUCCUCCAAUACAUACAUCCUUCUCAACACCAAUCUCCCGUCGUCAACAAUCUCACCCUCCUCCAGCCAACCCUCCCACCCGUAAAUGCCACGAGCUUUGUCUCAAAUUUCUCGUCACAAUUCAAGAGCUUGGUCACUGCUAAAUUCCCAGUCAGUGUGCCUCAAAAAGUGGACAAGAGCUUCUUUUUCGCUGUGGGGCUCGGCACAACCCCUUGUCCCAUAAACACGACAUGUCAGGGACCAAGUAACACGACCAAAUUUGCAGCCUCGGUGAACAACAUAUCUUUCGCACUUCCAUCGGUUGCUCUUCUACAGUCCUACUACUUGGGGCGGUCUAAUGGGGUGUACAAGACAGAUUUUCCGGUGAAACCUCUGAACCCUUUCAAUUACACAGGAACGCCUCCGAAUAACACUAAUGUGAGCAACGACACGAAACUGGUGGUGUUGAAGUUUAAUACGAGUGUGGAGGUGGUGAUGCAAGGUACUAGUAUUCUUGGGGCCGAGAGCCACCCUCUGCAUCUUCAUGGGUAUGAUUUCUUUAUUGUCGGACAAGGUUUUGGAAACUAUGACCCUAACAAAGACCCUGCCAACUACAAUCUGGUGGACCCGGUCAAGAGAAAUACGGCUAGUGUUCCGUCUGGUGGUUGGAUUUCCAUCCGUUUCUUCGCAGACAACCCAGGGGUAUGGUUCAUGCACUGUCACCUAGACGUGCACACAAGCUGGGGCUUGAGGAUGGCAUGGCUGGUACAGGAUGGAGCAGCGCCGAACCAGAAGCUGCCACCACCUCCUUCUGAUCUUCCCCAAUGUUGACUUUGAUUAUUGAUGAGUGAUUGCCACGUGGGUCCUCAAAAUAAUGGACUCUUGCUUCAGAUCUUCCCGAGUCAUUUUACCUUUCUGAGUUCAAUAAUGAAAUAUGGGAAUCGUGAACUUCUUUUAUUUGAUGUAUUUAAGGAUAAAACUGGUGAGGGUGACGUCAUUGGGUUUUGUUUAGGGAAUUGAACUGAAUGUUACGACGUCGUUGUCAUGUUGAGUUGGUAAUUUGGUUGUUGACAUGGGCUGUUCAACUUACUGGAACAGUCAGAGGGAGUUUGCCUUUUAGUUUGAUUCAUUAUUCUUCAAAUUAAUAAAAAGCUGUUAGUUUGA